AUGCCGUUUCCUUUUGUUCUUCCGACAACUUCUUCGUUCUCCUUCUCAACAAGCUUCACCUCUGAUACGCAUCCCUCGCUGCCCCUCAACGCCAGCACCUAUCGCGGGGUAGUUCGCGAUGCUUUAAAGAAGCACAAAAGGCUUCCUCCGAGCUCUCAAAUCUCGAAUCUCAAUACUGUGAUAUCGAGUGUUAAUGGCUAUCUCCCCUAUCUACUGAUAGUGGAUGAAGGUUUAAAUAACAAGGGUCCAGCCCAUGUUACACUGAAGACUGCUCCGGUUAUCGAAUGGAGGCCUACUUUAUCUGGUGAAGUCGUUCCAGGACGUGAAAGGGCUAGAGUCAAAAUUUCAUCUUUAGAACAUGAGAUUGCCUUUGUAAUGUCCACAUUGGGCUUCACGCACGUUCUGGCAUCCCGAUCGGCCUUACAGCCUCUCUACUCAACCAGGAGCGAGUUUCUCGGGGCGCAAGAGCGCACGAAUGCCGUUCAAACAGCAACAAAAUCUCUACUUGAAGCUGCAUCCGUCUACGACUACCUUGCAAAUCGGGGAGAGAAAGUCACAGUCAGCCCACCAUGUCCCGAUGUUUCCCAAGGCAUGGCCCGAGCAUUGUCGUCGUUGGCUCUGGCUGAAGCCACCUUGCUGGCCGUUCUAAAAGACGACCCAUACCCAGCAAUAGUUGCCCAAGAUCGUAACAAGAACGAUAAAGAGUGGAUGUUUAAGGCACCCGAGAUCCCAAAGGUUCGCGCUCAUCUAUAUGCUCGACUUUGCCUGGCAGCCUCAGAGCAUGCAGCCAAAGCAUCAUCUCUAUGCAGCACAUCUGGAUCUGGAUCGCACAAAAUCAACAGCGCUCUUCUGAAGUACAUAGAAGAUUUACGCCGAACCUGUCGAGCUCGGGCUUGUCGUUUCUUUGGAAUUGAUGCAGAGCUGGGUGGUCAAGUUGCUGACGGGAUAGGAUGGGUUCGCGCUGGACUUUCAGAGCUAGGUGUCGAGCCUAAGGACCAUAGUAAGAAAGGUCUCAGCCUCAGUAAACUAAAGAAAGACUUCUCGGAAAAGCGCGAAGAUCGAAGAGUAGAUAAGGAGGCGGCAUGGGGAAGUGAUGCUGGCAAGUUGGAGGAGAUCAGAGUACUGGAGAUGCUCGACGCGAAAUGGAACAAAGUCAACGACACGAUGAACACACAAUUCGUUCCUCCCGUCAAUACCCUUCUCAGCAAAAUGCCAUCAGGCCGCGAGAUUCACACUAUCAAGCCUUACGAGAUCCCUUCACUCGACAACGACAUAGUGGAAGGCAUGCGGGCACCGCCAGACGGUGAUGAUGCAUAUGUCGAUGACUUGAGUUCAGAUGAUGAAAUCAAAGGCGAGGCUUCAGCACCUGUUGGUGCGUUCCCAGGGACGGUAAAUGAUUACUCUCGGAGCCCAAGCACGCCAGGCAAUGCAUACUACUAG